AUGUCAGGAAGUAAUAAUAGAGAAUUGCGUCCACCAAAAGAUGAUUAUCGACAUUAUAGUUCUAAAGCAUAUUUCACACAUUUACCCAACCAAACCCAAUUUCAACAAGGUUAUUUAGGAGUUCAACCUUCAAAAGUAUGCGGAUUCUUUCAUUUACGAUAUUCUGAUGAUUAUCCAUUAAAAGUGGAUUUAAUUGAAUUAAUUUUUAAAGGAAAAGUUUCGGUAAAAUGGCCUCAAAAAACUGAAGCUGGAACUAGUGUCACAUUAAGAGGAAUUAAUAAAUUUGUUCGAUUAACUAAACAAUUAUGGUCAUCACCUCAAGGAAAUUUUGAAUCUAUAACUAAAUUAGAUUUACCUUUUGAAUUUAAUAUUCCUGAAGUUUCACCUACUUCAAUUCCUUUUAUUGAAGCAGAAUUGAGUACAGUUGGAAAAAUAAAUUAUUCAAUUAAAGCUAGAAUUCAUCGAAAAUCUUUGAUAAAAAAAUCAGCUAAUAAAAUAGUUGAAGUUUGGAUAAAUAUUAAUCGAUAUAUUCUUCUACCUCCCAUUCAAAAUUAUGAAAUAUUACCUAUGAUUAAAAAAUCCAAAAUGAUUGAAUGUCAAGCAACUCUUAAUCAUACAAUAUUUGAUAUUAAUUCAGGAAUAAUUAAUGUACCAAUUAAAUUUACAUUAUUUGAUAUGAGAACCAUAGUUAAAAAAGUUGUAAUUAAAUUAAAACAAUAUUCUCGAUUAAAAGUUGAUAAUUUAGCUAAAAUAAAUAGUAAUUAUGUAGCUAGUCAUGAAGUUUCCGGAAAUCAAAUAUUAGUAAAUCCCGAUUCACCUAAUGAAUUUUUAAUCAAAAUGCAAAUAGAUUUAAGUAAAUGUGAUAGAUAUAAUGGAUUUGGAAGAGUUGGGUAUAAGACUGGAACAUUUGGAUUAUUAAGAUGUGGUUGUACUACACAUUAUAUUGAUAUAUAUCAUAAAAUUAAAGUUGUAGUAAAUCUGGGAAAGGCGUCAGUUUCUUGCGUAAAUUUUGAGAAAGAAAUAAUGAUUCGUAAUCUUGUACCACUUAAUGAUAGUAAUAUUAAUCUUGAAUUGGAGAGAAGAAUAGAAGGAAAUAUACAAUAUAGAGAACAAAACCGAUGGGAUGAUGAGAUUGAUGAAAUAUCUGGGGAUGAAUUACCUGAAUAUUUAUCAUAG